UUUCCUCUACAAUCAACAUCGUCCGUCAAGCCGUACCGUACAAUUACCGCACGCUGUGAAAUACAAUUCAUUUUCGGAAAUUCUUAUUUAGUUUGUAACUUAUUAGUUCAGUAGAAAUGGCUUUACACGUUCCUAAAGCACCGGGAUUUUCCCAAAUGUUGAAGGAUGGAGCAAGGCAUUUUUCGGGUCUUGAAGAAGCAGUGUAUAGAAACAUCAGUGCCUGUAAACAGUUUGCUGAGACGGUACGCACAGCCUAUGGACCUAAUGGAAUGAAUAAAAUAAUCAUCAACCACAUUGAAAAAUUGUUUAUUACGAAUGAUGCUGCCACCAUCAUCAAGGAGUUGGAGGUUGAGCAUCCUGCUGCAAAGUUGAUGAUUAUGGCGUCAGAGAUGCAAGAAAAGGAAAUCGGUGAUGGAACAAACUUUGUCAUAAUCUUCUCUGGAGCCUUGUUAGAAGCAGCAGAAGAUUUGCUGAGAAUGGGUCUUACUCCCACUGAGAUUGUUGAGGGAUAUGAAAAAGCUUUGGAAAAAGCCCUUGAAAUCCUUCCCAGUCUAGUGUGCCAUGAGAUCAAAGACGUCAGGAACGAAGCUGAAGUGAAGAAAGGAAUUAAAACCACUAUCAUGAGCAAGCAGUACGGAUUUGAAGACUUUUUGACAGACAUCAUCACUAAAGCUUGUGUCUCAAUCCUUCCUGAUUCAUCGUCCUUCAAUGUCGAUAAUGUCAGAGUUUGCAAGAUUUUGGGCUCAGGUCUCUUCAACUCCCAGGUUGUUCAGGGGAUGGUGUUCAAACGCCAUGUUGAAGGUGAUAUCACCAAGAUGACCAAAGCUAAGAUUGCUGUUUACACUUGCGCUGUUGACAUCACGCAGACAGAAACCAAGGGCACAGUUCUGAUCAAAACCGCCGAGGAGUUGGUUAACUUCAGUAGAGGCGAGGAGACCCUGUUGGAAGAUCAAAUCAAAGCCAUCGCAGACGCUGGUGCAACCGUCAUUGUGGCCGGUGCCAAGUUUGGUGACAUGGCGCUCCACUACGUCAACAAGUACGGUAUGAUGGCUGUACGACUCAACAGCAAGUUCGACCUGCGCCGUCUUUGUCAGACUGUCAAUGCCACAGCUUUGCCACGAUUGACACCCCCUAACAAGGAGGAGCUGGGCUACUGUGACACAGUGUUUGUAGAUGAGUUGGGAGAUACAUCUGUAGUCAUCUUCAGUCAAGAGGCCAAGGAGAGUCGAAUAGCCACCAUCGUGAUCCGAGGAUCUACGGAUAACUACAUGGAUGACAUCGAGAGAGCCGUGGACGAUGGGGUCAACACUUUCAAGGCUCUUACCAAGGAUGGCAGACUAGUGCCGGGUGCAGGAGCUGUGGAGAUAGAGCUCGCUCGUCAAGUGUCAUCGUAUGGUGAGACGCUGCCUGGCCUGGACCAGUACGCUGUCACCAAGUUUGCCACCGCUCUGGAGAGUUUUGUCAAGACUCUGGCCGACAACACCGGUGUCAGAUCCAACGAGGUUGUGUCCAAACUGUAUGCUGCUCAUCAGGAGGGAAAAAUCAACUACGGGUUUGACAUCACGGAUGACAGCGGUGCUAUCCUGGAUGCUGCCGAGGCUCAGAUCUAUGACUUGUACCUCACUGUGUUGUGGGGCCUCAAGUUUGCCACCAACGCCGCCUGUACCAUACUGAAGGUGGAUCAGAUCAUCAUGGCCAAGAGAGCCGGAGGUCCACGAGCUCCACAAGGUCGUCCACAGAAUGAUGAAGACUAAGCGUCAACCAACGCCUUUUAAUCUCUUCGCUUUUCUUUAAUUUUAACUUAGUUUCGUUACAGCACCUGUGAGCUAAUUUCUGCAUUUUCUCGUUUACUCGAUUGUAAAAUAACAGUAUUUAUGUUAAAUUUUCUAAUUAAACAUUCUAAAACCA